CACGGGAUAACACCUCCCAUACUAGGCCACCACAAUAAGAAUAGUAAAAACUCAUUUGUCCAGCUGGUCCUCCAAGGAUAAACAACAACUUUUUACCUCCAAAGCGAUCUCCUCUAGUACAAUAUGAUGCUUCUCUAAGACCCUUUUGAAAGUUCUUGGGACUUCUGGGACAACAUUCUGAAGACAAUGAGGACAAAUGUAAAUAUUUAAAGGUCAAUGGAGUUUACGAGACACGAAAAAGACAACAAAUUGCAGAGGAACAACGUCCUAGAAGGUCCUAUAAAAAGGAAAAGACUUGUCCAGGAAGACUUUAGGGAGUAAAGGAACCCCCCGAAUCCUUCCAUGUAAAGCUGAGAAGUAGCGACAUACUGUCUUACACUGAAGAGACCUCCAGGUGCUUUAAAAAAAAAAAGGCUGAGCAGGUGCAAAUCCCGAAACCCUUCACCCACUAUUCACUGUGAGACAAAGUCUUAAAGUCAUGGUCCACCUCAUAUUAAUAUUUAUUGCAUCACUCAUCGACCUCUGCUGGCAACAGCUCCAAGCGGGUGCACCACAAAUCCAACUGAGAUUAGCCGGAAACUCGCGGGUCCCAAAUGAAGGUCGCCUGGAGGUCCUCUAUAAUGGUCAAUGGGGCACUGUGUGUGAUGAUGACUUCAACAUAGAAGUGGCUCACGUGGUCUGCAAGCAGCUGGGUUUCGAAAUGGCCAUGAAUUGGGCGCAUAGUGCGAAAUAUGGACAAGGAGAAGGUCCCAUCUGGCUGGAUAACGUCCGCUGCUCUGGUGCUGAGAGCUCCCUAGCAGAAUGUGAAUCAAAUGGCUGGGGUGUCACUGACUGCAAGCACUCCGAGGAUGUCGGCCUACUCUGCUCAGCAACUCGGCUGAGGCCAUCAGAGCAUCCUCAAGCAAUCGCUGCCCAGCACACAAAGAAAAUCGAGGAGGUUAGAAUAAAGCCGAUUUCUGCCCGCGCCAAGGCAAGCCUCCCGGUCACAGAGGGCAUCGUCGAAGUGAAACAUCAUGGCAGGUGGCGGCAGGUCUGUGACCACGGCUGGACCAUAGAUAACAGCAGGGUGGUGUGCGGCAUGCUGGGCUUUCCUGGAGAGGUUCAACCCAACGUCAAGUUUUACAGAAAACUCUGGAACAUGAAGAUCAAGGCUCCAAAAUCCAGGUUAAAGAUGCUAAGUGAGAAGAAAAUGUUCUGGAUUCAUAAAGUCAACUGUUUGGGGACAGAACCGCAUCUAGCGAACUGCAAAGUCCAGGUUUCUCCAAAGCAGAAUAAAUCGGCAUGCAGAAAUGGGAUGCACGCCAUAGUGAAAUGUGUGGCCUCCCCAAACUCUGGAACCGGAAACAGAAACAACUUCAAGAAGGCAUUUAAGACUAUGGAGCCCCUUGUAAGGUUGAGGUCCGGGCCCCAUGCCGGUGAGGGCAGAGUUGAAGUGUUAAGAAACGGCAAAUGGGGAACGGUGUGUGACGAUAAGUGGAAUCUCCUGUCGGCCAGUGUGGUAUGUCGGGAGCUCGGUUACGGAUCUGCUAAAGAGGCCAUUUUAGGAGCCCAGUUGGGACAAGGAUAUGGCCCCAUUCACAUGAAUGAGGUGCUUUGCACUGGCCGGGAGAAGUCCAUUACUGAAUGCAAGUUUAAAGAGGCGAGUAUAGCCGGCUGCCAACAUGAAGAAGAUGCAGCUGUGAGAUGCAAUGUUGCUCAGAUGGGAUAUGGUGACCGGAUACGUCUGGUAGGAGGAAGAUCAACCGAAGAAGGUAAAGUGGAGGUCCAGAUGGUUGUUAAAGGUGUAAAGAAAUGGGGAGCAGUAUGUGGUGAACUGUGGGGAAUUAAUGAAGCCAUGGUUGUGUGUCGGCAGCUCGGUUUGGGAUUUGCCAACCAUGCCAUACAAGAGACUUGGUACUGGCAAGGAACUUCUGGUGCUGAAGAUGUUGUGCUAAGCGGUGUGCGCUGCUCAGGCACAGAGCUGUCUAUUCAGCAGUGCCGUCACCAUAGCGUAGUACACUGUCCUCGAGGAGGGGGGCGCCGAGCUGCUGGAGUUACCUGUACAGAACAUGCGCCUGACCUCAUCUUGAACGCACAGUUGGUUCAGGAGUCAUCCUACCUCGAAGACCGACCCCUGAGCAUGCUGGAGUGUGCGCACGAGGAGGAAUGCCUGUCUAAGUCUGCAGAUGACAUGGCCUGGCCCUAUGGGCACCGAAGACUCUUACGCUUCUCAUCUCAAAUACACAACAUUGGGAGAGCAGAUUUUACCCCUCGAAACGGGAGACACACAUGGACAUGGCACGAAUGUCACAGGCAUUAUCACAGUAUUGAAGUUUUCACCCACUACGACCUCCUGACAUUGAAUGGAUCCAAAGUUGCUGAAGGACAUAAAGCCAGUUUUUGCUUGGAGGACACCAAUUGUGGGAAAGGAAUACAAAAGAGAUAUGAAUGCGCCAACUUCGGUGAACAAGGAAUAACCGUGGGUUGUUGGGACACCUAUCGACAUGACAUUGACUGCCAGUGGGUGGAUAUCACAGAUGUUGGCCCUGGGGACUAUAUUUUCCAGGUCAUUUUGAACCCAAAAUUUGAAGUAGCAGAAUCGGAUUUCAGAAACAACGUGAUGAGGUGUCGGUGCAAGUUCGACGGCCAUCGUAUAUGGAUGCAUAAUUGUCACACAGGUGACGCAUACAGUGCGGAUUUGGAAGAGGAGUUCGAGAACCAGCAAAGACUUGCAAACAACCUUGUAUAGAUGGGUUUACAAGGGGAUCAAAAUAGAUGUUCCCAUUGGAUAUAGAAGGAGAUUCAACCCCAAACCUGUCCCUCAAAAAUACAUUGGAUAGGCCACGUCUCUACUGAUCGGAACAACUCGCCCCAUGAUCGGACUGCCAAAAAUAAGAGGACUACUGAAUGGGUGAACUGGGGCGAAUCAAGAAGAUCAAUCAAUUUUUAGGAAAAUUUGUUGAAAGAUUUACAGUCAAACCUGAUGGAGAACAAGUUUUUGGAGCCCACAAAUUAAGAAAUGGCCUAUUUAGUGUUUGUAAGAGUCCCUCGUAUUCUCUGUUACAGUAUGGUCUCUGCAUUGUAGCAAUCUGUGGCUUUCCAGGACAAGUUAGGUCUGACCAGGAACUCUGUCAGUUAUAUCUUAAUUAUCAGGGCAGAUCAUGUGACAGCUAAGCUCCACCCAGAGUGGGGGGUUGGAAUUCUGGAAUUGAGGCAUCAUGGGAUUUAACUCACAAGUAUAGUCAUUUCCAGUUUACAAGGCAGAUCAUUGGGAUCCUACUGGGGGUGACCAGAGUUCCUCUCUAACUAUUGAUCAGGUUAUCCCACAAAGCUUCUUGCACAAAGAACCCCAGACAUUAAAGGGGUACUCCACUGGAAAACAUUUUAUUAAAUUUUUUUAAAUCAACUGAUGACAGAAAUUACUUCUAUUCAAAAAUCUUAACCCUUCCAGUAGUUAUCAGUUGCUGUAUGCUCCACAGGACGUUAUUUCUUUCUUUGAAUUUCCUU